AUGCUCGAGUUAACUGCUGGCCCAAACCCCGUUCCAGAUUUUGAAGAGGCACUUCGAGUAAUAAAACUAGCCGAUAACCACUAUGUUGGGGCCCAUCCAUUAAGAUUACCAGUUACAGGAGGACGAGGUGUGUAUGGUGGUCACAUGAUUGCACAGUCUCUACUUGUGGCGAUAGAAUCCACACGGGAUUCAAUAAGUAAUCAAGUCUUUAUACCAGACUCCUAUCACCUGUAUUUUAUCAAUGCAGGAAACUCCAAAACCCCAAUGAACUAUACUGUGACUAAAUUGUACGACGACGCAGUUACAAGCAAACGUUUCAUUGUUGUUCAACAGAAGGGCAAGAAUCGUUUGACUUGUUUAGUCAAUUUACGAAAGCCUGGCACAAAGACAUUGCAUAAAGUAGGUGACACUCCAGACAUUAGUGUCCCGGUUCCUUCAAUUCAACAAAAAUACCCAAAUCCCGAUAAAUUGCACCAGGUUCAACACACAGAUUUUGUUAGAAAUGCCUUUGGCAAAGAGUUUAUUGAUUAUCGAGAAUGUCCCGAAGAAAAAGACCAGUACGCUGCUGAACGAUGGCUAACAGUAUUCACCGGGUUGAGAAACCAUGCCGAGCCAGGUGCUUCUCUAGAAACUGUGAUCGAAGAAUUACCGGAUGCCAGUGGGAAGAUUCAUGAAGUCAAGAAAGUCAUAUUGCGACCAAAAGAUUCUCAGUCAGUGCGGGAUCCAAUCUACAAUUAUGUGGGGUUAGCUGAUUUAUCUGAUUCUGCAUUUCUUACAACAAUGGCAAGGAUUUUGCACAUUCCUUGGGCCCCGUCAUUGGAAAUUGAUGAAACUUACGACGAGAGUAGAGAUGCCACAUAUAUAAUGAGGACUACUUUGAAUGCUGCCCAUAUUUUCCAUUACAACGCAAUGUCGUUAGACCAUCACAUAUAUUUCCAUAAUAAUAAUUAUACACCCAAAGAUGAUUCUGAUUUUGAUAUCUGCAAAGAUUGGUUAGCAUUCACAUAUCAAAUGAAAAGACUUUCAAAUAAUAGAACGUUGGUUCGUGGCUUCCUCUUUAAUGAAAAACAUAAAUGCGUUGCGACAGUGGUUCAAGAAGGGUUAACCAUUGUUUAUAAUGGUGUUGGUAAUACAGCAGAUAAAUCACGUUUAUAG